AUGGCACACAUUGAUGCUGGCAAGACUACCGUAACCGAGCGGAUUUUGUAUUAUACCGGUAGAGUCUAUCGAAUCGGUGACGUGGACGAUGGCACCACUACGAUGGACUGGAUGGUGCAAGAACAGGAACGCGGUAUUACGAUUACUGCCGCUGCAACAACCUGUCACUGGAAAAAACACCAUAUUAAUAUUAUUGAUACACCGGGGCAUAUUGAUUUUACCGUUGAAGUUGAACGUUCACUUCGCGUACUCGAUGGGGCGGUCGCAGUUUUCUGUGCAGUCGGCGGUGUUGAACCGCAAUCCGAAACCGUUUGGAGACAAGCUGACAAAUACGGCAUACCUCGAAUUGCAUUCGUCAAUAAAAUGGAUCGAACCGGUGCUGACUUCUUUCGCACCGUCGAAAUGAUGGAAGAACGCCUCGGUGCUACCGCAAUUCCGGUGCAACUUCCUAUCGGUUCAGCAGAACAAUUCACAGGUAUUGUUGACCUUAUCUCCAUGAAAGGGCAGAUCUGGAAAGUAGGAAAAGACUCUGGCGGCGAUGGUACUGUUAUUCAAGAGACAGACAUUCCAAAAGAAAUGGAAGAAAUGGCAAACGAAUAUCGCGAUCGGAUGUUAGAGGCUAUUGCCGAUUGUGAUGAAGAACUCCUGCUCAAAUACUUAGACGGUGUCGAAUUUUCGCCCGAAGAAAUUAAAACAGGAAUACGGAACGCUGCAGUCACUGGUAGAAUCGUUCCAGUCCUCUGCGGAACUGCUCUGAAGAAUAAAGGCGUACAACCGCUCUUAGACGCAAUCGUCUCCUACUUGCCCGCACCGACCGACGUGCCAUCCAUAGUAGGUUUUGAUCCUAAAACUGAAGAAGAUAAAACGCGUAGUCCGAGUGAGAACGAUCCUUUCUGUGCUUUAGCAUUCAAAAUCAUGACAGAUCCGCACGUUGGCAAACUCACCUAUCUACGAGUUUACUCCGGUGUCCUCAAGAGAGGGGAUACUGUCUAUAACAGCAAAACUCGCAAACACGAGCGCGUUGGACGUUUGAUGCAGAUGCAUGCCAACAAACGGGAAGAGCUGCAAGCCGUUUAUGCAGGCGACAUCGCCGCAGUUAUCGGUCUAAAGGAUCUCUCAACAGGGGACACACUUUGUGAUCCGAAGGCUCAUAUCACCUUAGAAACUAUGGUGUUCCCGCUCCCGGUAAUGUCUAUCGCAGUUGAACCCCGAACACAGUCUGAUAUUGACAAACUAAACCUCGCCCUCUCUAAACUGGCUGAAGAAGACCCAACCUUUAAAGUCCAUCAAGAUCCAGAAACUGGACAGACCUUGUUGUCAGGUAUGGGUGAACUUCACCUCGAAAUCAUUGUUGAUAGGCUCGUCCGAGAAUUCAACGUCUCAGCGAAUGUGGGUAACCCGGAAGUUGCCUAUCGCGAAACGAUUCUCAAGGCGGUCAAGUCUGAAGGCAGAUUUGUACGCCAAUCUGGUGGUAGAGGUCAAUUCGGUCAUGUUGUGAUUGAAGUUGAACCCCUUGAAAAGGGUACCGGCUUUGAAUUUGUUGAUGCCACCAAAGGUGGCGUUAUUCCGCAAGAAUACAUCCCAGCAGUAAAGAAAGGCAUUGAGAACGCUAUGAAUACUGGUGUUCUCGCAGGCUAUCCGGUUGUUGAUAUAUCUGUGAAACUCGUUGAUGGUUCACACCAUCAAGUAGAUUCAUCAGAAAUGGCGUUCUCUAUCGCAGGUUCAAUGGCGUUCAAGGACGCUUUGAAGCGUGCUACCCCCACACUUCUCGAACCAAUCAUGGACGUUGAGGUUAUCGUGCCAGACGAAUACCUCGGCAAAGUCAUAGGUGAUCUGAAUGCACGGCGUGCGCAGAUACGCGAGACAGAACUGCAAUCGAAAUCUCGUAUCCAAGUUAUCAAAGUUGAUGUCCCCCUCUCAGAAAUGUUUGGGUACGUCAAAACCCUCAGUGGAGCUCGGAGAAAAAUGGCUAAGCAAACAUUUGAAAGGACUAAGCCACACGUUAAUAUUGGAACAAUCGGCCACGUUGACCACGGUAAAACAACGCUGACUGCAGCGAUUACCAUGGUACUCUCUAAACUUGCCGGCGCAGAUUACGUCCAGACGUAUGAGGAUAUUGACAAGGCACCUGAAGAAAAAGAGCGUGGCAUUACGAUUAACACAGCACACGUUGAAUACGAGACCGAGAAUCGGCACUAUGCCCACGUUGAUUGCCCCGGACACGCCGACUAUAUCAAAAAUAUGAUUACCGGCGCAGCACAGAUGGACGGCGCAAUUCUCGUCGUAUCCGCUGCUGAUGGUCCCAUGCCUCAGACACGUGAGCACGUACUCCUCGCGCGGCAGGUGAAUGUGCCAUCUCUCGUCGUUUUCCUCAACAAAGCAGACAUGGUUGAUGACGAAGAACUGCUUGAACUCGUCGAGUUGGAAGUUCGCGAAUUGCUCAGUAAUUACGACUUCCCCGGUGACGAUAUUCCCCUCGUCACAGGUUCUGCUCUUCAAGCUAUGGAAGCCGACGGAGACCCGACAAAUGAAGCGUGUCAGCCAAUUCUGGAACUCAUGGAAGUUGUCGAUAGCUACAUCCCGGAACCCGUUCGUGAUACCGAGAAACCCUUCCUGAUGUCGAUUGAAGAUACUUUCACCAUCAGUGGGCGCGGUACCGUUGUUACUGGGCGCGUUGAACGCGGUAUUAUUGAAGUCGGAAAGACUGUUGAAAUCGUCGGACUUCGCGAAACACAAGACACCGUCGUCACCGGUGUUGAGAUGUUCAACAAAAACCUUGAUGAAGGACGUGCUGGUGACAAUCUCGGUGCUUUGCUACGCGGUAUUGAGCGCGAUGCAGUUGAACGCGGACAGGUUUUGGCAAUCCCCGGAACUGUGAAGCCACAUACCAAAUUUGAAGCCGAAGCCUACAUUCUCACAAAAGAUGAAGGCGGACGUUGGAACCCAUUCUUUAGCGGAUACAGACCGCAGUUCUAUUUCAGAACAACCGACGUAACCGGAAAAAUGGAUCUCCCGGAAGGCAUUGAGAUGAUUAUGCCCGGCGACAAUGCACAGAUUACCGUUGAAUUGUCCAAACCGAUCGCGAUGGAAGAACAACUCCGAUUCGCAAUUCGGGAAGGCGGACAGACUAUCGGUGCCGGUGUUGUCUCCAAAAUUCUUGAAUAA